AUGACGCCAUGUAACUUCUUUUUCAUCUCCAUUUUUGAUGAACAGCUCUCUGACGUGGUCGUGUUUGGGUCUAUUCUGUAUGUGGACAAGCAGGCCUCUUCCCUCAUGGUGUCUGUAAUCAGGAGUUUCAAGGGACCCGACUUCAAGGGGGGCAACCUACGCAUUCACUACCCACACUACACACAAAUCGACGAGGCUUGCCUUGACAAGCUUGCAGUGGGAGACACUAAGCUACUCAUGGCCUAUACCAGGACCACUUAUGGACCCCCAACAUCGGUGGAAAUAUCACCUGGAGGACUCUUGGAAGACCCCUCCGAAAAUUCCUCGCCCGCAGCAAGAGCUAUGAGUCCCCCCUCAGUCGGGAUAACUCAUCCGGAUCAAGUUGCGAUCCAGACAACACUGGAACUGAAGAGAGCUCCGUUGGAUUUGGACCGUUCCGUCCUGGACGCAAUAAAUUUCAUUCUGCAAACAGACUCAGAAGGUCAAAACGUGCAAUCGGACGCAGCUAAAAAUCAAGCUUCUAAGUCGUCGUGUGGAGGUGUUCGAUGUCAUUCAAUGGCCUCGUGUGUUUCGGAUGCCCAGACUCAGCAGUCUGUGUGCAAAUGUCCUGACUGUGCAUUCCAGAAGUACAACCCAGUCUGUGCCAAUGACGGGGUGACUUAUACGAAUGAGUGUGAAGUGAACAAGACGUCGUGUUUCAUCGGAGCUAUGUUAAAAGUUAUCUACGAGGGAUUCUGCGAUCUGCCUGACCCUUGUGACCGUCUCAAGUGCUACCACGGAGCUUACUGUCUGUCCAGCACUGACAAAAUAUCCGCCAGAUGCGUCUGUCCCAAAUCUUGCCCCUCCCCCGCAUCCCCGGGGGGAGGUGACGAGGGGAGCAAGAGUGUGGGUUCCAAGAUUGGAGGGAGUGGGGAGGGGGAGGGAGAUUGGGGUAAUGGGAGUGAGGGGGUGGAGUUGUGUGGGGACAAUGGGCGGGACUACAGCAGCAAGUGUGAGAUUGAGAAAGACAUGUGUCCCACCCAGAGGCCAAUCAAGGUCAAGUUCAACACCAACUGCGAUCCAUGUGAAGCAAUGCGUCGCAAGAACCUCUACCCCUGCGCCCGCAACACAGGCGGAGUGUGCCGGCUGGAUGCAGCCCGGAAACCCUACUGUGCCUGCUCACGUGACCAGCUACUCGAGUGUGCCUCAGGGAACUCUGGAAGGGAACAAUUGGUGUGCACUAGUGAGGGUAAGACUAUGAGCAGGUGUGAUUUGGCACAGUACAGCUGUGUGUACCAGAAGGACAUAGCUGUCAUUGCAGAGAGCCCCUGCGAAGUGUUACAAUGGGGUGGAAGAGUUUGUGGUAAGAAAUGUGGCCACUACUCCUCGUGCAAUGUCACCCAGGAGAGACAAUUGGUCUGUUUGUGCAACUUCAAAUGCGGGUCACACUUCGCACCCGUGUGUGGGAAGAAGUCUUCGGAUGGAUCUUUGCAGACAUUUGACAAUCUUUGUCUGAAGAGACUGUAUGAGUGCUCCACUCAAUCCACUGUGCAGACUGUUUUCUACGGAGUGUGCGACAACUUCAAAAUUGAUCGCAACCCGUGUGACCGUAUCUCCUGCUCUGCUCGUGGACCAGGACUCACGUGUAUCGUGGACGAAGACAACAAACCCAAUUGUGUCUGCAGAGACGACUGUCCCUCCUCACAAAUAGCACCUGUGUGUGGGUCUGACCUGACAACGUAUGACAGCCAGUGUGAGCUGGACAUGGCCAACUGCAGGAAGAGUCCGGGGGAGAAACAGGUGACACUCCUCUCAAAUGCACCCUGUCCAGAUUUGUGUGUGGGGAGGGAGUGUCGCCACUACGCGACGUGUGUGCUGGUGUCCCUGAACAGCACCAGGUGUGAGUGUCCCCAAUUAGACUGCAGUCUCUGGGGGAGGAGACCCCUCUGCGGCACUGACAACAGAAACUACUCCAACUUAUGUCACCUUAGAGACACUUCCUGCAAAAACAAGGUUGACAUAGCGGUGAUGCGUGAUGGAUUUUGUCCCCCUGACCUAUGCGAGGGCUACCAGUGUCCCUUCUUAGCCGAGUGCUUCAGCCGCGACGAGAAACGAGAGUGUUCGUGUCGCGAAUCGUGCGAGGGCGAGAACUUCGACCCCGUUUGCUCUUCUCUCGGAGUGACUUAUUCAAACAUGUGUGAAUUGAGAAAGGAUGCGUGUACAAAAAAGAGUGCUGAAAUCAAACUGAACAACAAAGGUUUCUGCAAUGAAAAGUUCGCUUCCGAACAGUGCCGCAAACAAUGCAAAGCGCCCCGAGAAUGUCUGCCAACUGGACGCAACGGCCAAGUGGAAUGCACGUGCAAGCCUUGUCCCCCCACAUCUAUGAUAGCCGACAAGAAGUCAGUGUCCACUAAGACGAAAACGAAAUUGGACGACUCUUCAAUUUGCACUGAGUCGGGAAUGGCUUUUGAGACUACGUGCGAGCUGAAAUUCUCAGAAUGUAUGAACAAUGUGAGCUACAAAGUCACAAACGACCGGAUAAUCUGUGACAUCAAAAAUUCGUGCUUCGGGGACGACUCCUCUCUAGUGUAUCGGGAUGAUAUGGCCGAGGACAUCUUCAGAUGUUCGGACGACAGUCAGUGUCCAACGGGUGCAUUUUGUGAGAGGAGCACCUGCUGUAGCCUCAAAUCCUGGAUGGUGGAGGUCUUCCCUCCCUGCUCCGACAGUCCCUUCGGCUGCUGCAAGGACAACUACACUCCAUCUGGGGGCCAAAAUUACGAAGGGUGUCCCGAAUUCUGCGACUGUGACCCCUACGGGUCCUACUCUGACCUGUGUGAUGAGAUGGGUCAGUGUCUGUGUAAGCCAGGGGUCACUGGAAAGAGGUGCGAUGCGUGCAAGCCUUUCUUCUGGGGGUUCGACAAGAGUGUCUACUUCGCUGCAUGUAAAA